AUGUCUACGAGCACCCAGAGCUACGCCGAGAUGCACGAGCAGCUCCCGGCCCACUUCAAAGGGGGCGUCCCCAUCGCCAGCGCCCCCGACGAUAAGCUUGCCCACUGGAUCCGCGACCACGGCGGCCAUUCUUACGUCAAGAAAGUGUUGAUUCUGUCCAACGGCAUCGGCGCCAUCAAGUGUAUCCGCUCGAUCCGCCGCUGGCUGUACGCGAUGUUUGGCGACGACCGCACCAUCGAGUUGGUGGCGAUGGCGACCCCUGACGACUUGGCGGCGAACGCCGAGUACAUCCGCAUGGCCGACCAGUUUGUCGAAGUCCCCGGUGGCACCAAUAACAAUAACUACGCCAACGUUGAGCUCAUCGUCGAGAUCGCCGAGCGCGUCGGCGCCCACGCCGUGUGGGCGGGGUGGGGCCACGCCCUGGAAAACCCGUUGUUGCCCGAGCUGUUGGCCAAGCACAAGAUCAUCUUCAUCGGUCCCCCGGCGCUGGCGAUGCACUCGUUGGGUGACAAAAUCUCCUCCACCAUCGUCGCUCAGCACGCCCGCGUCCCCUGUAUCCCCUGGUCGGGCACGGGGGUCGACGAGGUGGUGGUCGACCCCGCUACCAACUUGGUGUCGGUGCUGGACGAAGUCUACGCUCAAGGUUGCUGCACUGAUGCCGACGACGGUCUCGCCAAAGCCAAGAAAAUCGGGUUCCCCGUGAUGAUUAAGGCCUCGGAAGGUGGUGGCGGUAAGGGGAUCCGUAAGGUCGAUAACGAGGCCGACUUCCACGCCCUUUACCACCAGGCGGCGGCGGAAAUCCCCGGGUCGCCCAUCUUCGUCAUGAAGCUCGCGGGGCUGGCGCGCCACUUGGAAGUGCAAUUACUUGCCGACCAGUACGGCACCAACAUCUCGUUGUUUGGCCGUGACUGUUCCGUCCAGCGCCGCCACCAGAAGAUCAUCGAAGAGGCCCCCGUCACCGUCGCCAACAAGGACACUUUUACCGAGAUGGAAAAGGCCGCCGUCCGUUUGGGUAAGCUUGUCGGUUACGUGUCUGCCGGUACCGUCGAGUACUUGUACUCCCACGCCGACGACAAGUUCUACUUUUUGGAGUUGAACCCGCGGUUGCAAGUGGAACAUCCCACUACGGAAAUGGUCACCGGCGUCAACUUGCCGGCGGCGCAGUUGCAGGUGGCGAUGGGGUUGCCGUUGCACCGUAUCCGCGACAUCCGUAUGCUCUACGGCGCCGACCCCCACCUGGCGCUGCCCAUCGACUUUGAGUUUAAGGAGGAACUGCUGGUGACCACCCAGCGUCGCCCUCAGCCUAAAGGUCACUGUACCGCCUGUCGUAUCACUUCGGAAGACCCCGGUGAAGGGUUUAAGCCUUCCGGCGGUGACUUGCACGAGUUGAACUUCCGGUCGUCGCUGAACGUGUGGGGUUAUUUCUCGGUGGCCAACAAAGGUGGGAUCCACUCGUUCUCCGACUCGCAAUUUGGCCACAUCUUUGCCUUUGGUGAAAACCGCCAGGCGUCGCGCAAACACAUGGUGGUGGCGCUUAAGGAGUUGCUGAUCCGGGGUGACUUCCGCACUACUGUCGAGUACUUGAUCAAGUUGUUGGAGACCCCGGACUUUGAAGACAAUACCAUCACCACUGGGUGGUUGGACGAGUUGAUCCUGAAGAAGUUGACCGCCGAGCGCCCCGAUCAGACCAUCGCCGUGUUGUGUGGUGCCGUCACUAAGGCCCACAUCCAGCUGGAAGAAGAUAAGACCGAGUACAUCGCCCUGUUGGAAAAGGGUCAGGUGCCGGCGAAGCUGUUGCUUAAGACGAUCUACCCCGUCGAUUUCAUCUACGAGGGCGAGCGGUUCAAGUUCACUUGCUCCAAGCUGCUGGACCUGCUGUACACGUUAUUCCUCAACGGGUCGCGGGCUGCUGUCGGUGUUCGCCCGUUGUCUGACGGCGGUCUCUUGGUGGCGAUUGGCGGUAAGUCCCACGCCGUCUACUGGAAGGAAGAACCCGCCGCCACCAGAAUCUCGGUUGACGGCAAGACGGCGUUGUUGGAAGUGGAAAACGACCCCACCCAGUUGCGUACCCCUUCUCCCGGUAAGUUGAUGAAGUACCUCGUCGAGCUGGGCGACCACGUCGCCGCCGGCCAGGCCUACGCCGAAGUGGAAGUGAUGAAGAUGUGCAUGCCGUUGAUCGCCCAGGAAGACGGGGUGGUGCAAUUGUUGAAGCAAGCCGGGUCCACCGUCAAUGCCGGCGACAUCUUGGCCAUCUUGGCGUUGGACGACCCGCUGAAGGUGAAGCACGCCAAGCCCUACGAGGGCACUUUGCCCGAACUUGGCGACCCUAUCGUCGGGGGCACUAAGCCCGCCUACCGUUUCCAAGAGGCGCUGCACGUGCUCACCAACAUCCUCGAGGGUUACGACAACCAGAUGAUCAUGGGGCUGAAGCUUAAGGAACUUACCGAGUUGUUGCGGUCGCCCAUCCUCCCGUACUCGGAAUGGAACCAACAGAUCCUGGCCCUCCACCUGAGAUUGCCGGCUAAGCUCGACGAGCAGUUGGUGCUGCUUGUUGAGCGCACCCAGCUGCGUAAGGCUGAAUUCCCAUCGCGCCAGAUCCUCAAGUUGUUUGCUAAGUUCCAGGACGAAGCCGAGGACGCCACCGCCUACGCCGCCACCGUGGCGCCGCUUGUCGCCAUCGCUGAACGCUACAAGGGCGGGUUGCAAGAGCACGAGUUUGAGGUCAUCGCCCUGUUCUUGGCCAAGUACUACGACGUCGAACACUUGUUUUCGGGGGAAAACAACCGUGAGGACGACGUGGUGCUCAAGUUGAGAGACGAAAACAAGCUGGACCUCGCCAAAGUGACCAAGGUGUGCCUCUCCCACCUGAGAGUGCUGGCCAAAAACAACCUCGUGGUGGCGAUGUUGGACCAAUACCAGCCGCUUUUGCAACAGCUGCUGACCAUCGGUGCUCCCAUCAAGCGCGAAUUGAAGAAGAUCGUCACCCUCGACCUGAGAUUGUGUGCCAAGGUCACGCUUAAGGCUCGCGAAAUCUUGAUCCAGCUGUCGUUGCCCCUGAUCAAGGAACGGUCGGACCAAUUGGAACACAUCUUGCGCACGCUGGUGUUGCAGACGCUGUACGGCGAAGUCUACGCCCAACACCGCGAGCCUAAGCUUGAGAUCAUCCAGGAAGUUGUCGACCUGAAGCACACCGUGUUUGACGUAUUGCCGCAGUUCCUUGUGUCGUCGGACGAGUGGGUGGCCAUGGCCGCCGCCGAAGUGUACGUCCGCCGCGCCUACCGCGCCUACCAGCUCGGCCCCAUCCGCCACCACUUCCACGAGAAGUUGCCCGUGAUCGAGUGGGCGUUCCAGUUGCCCGACUCCAAGUACACCCUGCUUGCUAAGGGUCCCGAGCUGAUGAACCGCACCGACUCGGUGCUGGACUUGCUGUACGUUGUCGACUCCCGCGCCGCUCUGAAGCCUCGUUUCGGGGUGCUUGUGCCCUCGAAGCACAUCGACGACAUCGACGACGUGUUGCCCGUGGCCCUUGAAAAGUUGAUUAAGGACGAUGGUCUUGAAAUCGACGCCGGCGAAGGCGCUGCUCCCGCAGGUAAGUCGUUCUUUAACGUGGUUAACAUCGUCGUCGAGCUGAUUGAAGGCUACCUGAGCGAAGACGAAGUGUUGCUGAAGUUGGCUCAGUUCCUCCAGGAAUUCAAGGAAGAAAUGCACACGGCGCUGGUGCGGAGAAUCACUUUCGUCGUCGCUAACCAGAUCGGUGCUUACCCCACUUACUACACCUUCACCGCCCCUGACUACGCUGAAAACAAGGUUAUCCGUCACAUCGAACCGGCGCUCGCCUUCCAGCUCGAGUUGGGACGCUUGGACAACUUCCACAUCAAGCCGUUGUUCACCGACAACCGCAACAUCCACGUCUACGAAGCUGUCGGCAAGAACUCGCCCUCGGACAAGCGCUACUUCACUCGCGGUAUUGUGCGCACGGGUAUCAUCUCGCAAGAAGUUGACAUUGCCCAGUACCUCAUCCUGGAGCUGAACCGGUUGAUGCUGGACAUUUUGGACGCCCUCGAGCUCAUCGACACCCUGAACCUGGACUUGAACCACAUCUACAUCAACUUCUCCAACGCGUUCAACGUCCAACCUCAAGAUGUUGAAGCCGCCUUCGCGUCGUUCCUCGAGACUUUCGGCCGUCGUUUGUGGCGGUUGAGAGUCACCGGCGCUGAAAUUCGCAUUGUGUGCAAGGACCCUCUGGGCCAGCUGUUCCCUCUCCGUGCCAUCAUCAACAACGUGUCUGGCUACGUCGUCAAACUGGACAUGUACAUGGAGGUGAAGAACCCCAAGGGCGAGUGGGUGUUCAAGUCGCUCGGCCAACCUGGGCCCAUGCACUUGCGCCCCAUCCUGACCCCUUACCCGGCCAAGGAACUGUUGCAGCCUAAGCGGUACCGCGCCCACAACAUGGGCACCACCUACGUCUACGACUUCCCCGAGCUUUUCCGCCAGGCCACGCUUAUCCAGUGGAAGAAGCACGGCGGCAAGCCUCCUAAGGACGUGUUUACCCUGUUGGAGUUGAUCUACGACGAAAACGACGAGUUGACCCCUGUGGAACGUGAACCUGGUGCCAACAAGAUCGGGAUGGUGGGGUUCAAGAUCACCGCGAAGACUCCUGAGUACCCCCGCGGCCGGUCGUUUGUGGUGGUGGCCAACGACAUCACCCACAAGAUCGGUUCUUUCGGUCCUGAGGAAGACAAGUACUUCAACAAGUGCACUGAACUCGCCCGCGCUGCUGGUAUCCCCAGAAUCUACUUGUCGGCCAACUCUGGUGCCCGUAUCGGCAUUGCCGAAGAAAUCUUACCCAUGUACAAGGUGGCGUGGAACGAACCCGGCAACGCCGACAAGGGUUUCCGCUACUUGUACUUGACCAGCGACGACCUUGACCAGCUCCAAAAGGACGGUAAGGCCCACUCUGUCACCACUGAGCGUGUCGUUGAGGACGGCGAGGAACGUCACGUCAUCACUGCCAUCAUCGGUGCCGACGACGGGUUGGGGGUUGAGUGUCUUAAGGGUUCCGGUCUCAUCGCAGGGGCCACCCUGAGAGCCUACAAGGACAUUUUCACCAUCACUUUGGUCACUUGUCGCUCGGUGGGUAUUGGUGCUUACUUGGUGCGUUUGGGGCAAAGACUGAUCCAGAUCGACGGCCAGCCUAUCAUCUUGACCGGGGCCCCCGCCAUCAACAAGUUGCUUGGUCGUGAAGUGUACUCGCUGAACCUCCAGUUGGGUGGCACUCAGAUCAUGUACCGUAACGGGGUCCUGCACUUGACCGCCCCCGACGACCUUGCCGGUGUGGAAAAGAUCAUGGAAUGGUUGCUGUACGUGCCUGCUGCCCGCGGGAUGCCCGUGCCCAUCUUGGAGUCGCAAGACCCCUGGGAUCGUGACAUCGACUACACCCCUCCCAAGGGUGAGCCCUACGACGUGCGGUGGAUGAUUGCUGGUCGUGAAACCGACGCUGGCUUUGAACACGGGUUGUUUGACCGUGACUCGUUCCAGGAAACCCUUUCUGGCUGGGCUAAGGGUGUCGUCGUUGGUCGUGCUCGUCUCGGCGGUAUCCCCAUGGGUUUGAUUGCCGUCGAGACCCGCAUGGUGGAAAACUUGAUCCCCGCCGACCCCGCCAACCCUGCCUCCACCGAGAUGAUGAUCCAGGAAGCCGGGCAAGUGUGGUACCCCAACUCGGCCUACAAGACCGCCCAGGCCAUCAACGACUUCAACCACGGGGAACAGUUGCCGUUGAUGAUCUUGGCCAACUGGAGAGGUUUCUCCGGGGGUCAGCGUGACAUGUACAACGAAGUGUUGAAGUAUGGGUCGUACAUUGUCGACGCUUUGGUCGAGUUUAAGCAGCCGAUCUUCACCUACAUCCCUCCCACCGGUGAGUUGCGUGGGGGUUCGUGGGUGGUGGUUGACCCCACCAUCAACGCCGACAUGAUGGAGAUGUACGCUGACGUCGAGGCCCGUGCCGGUGUGCUUGAGCCCGAAGGGAUGGUGGGUAUCAAGUACCGUCGCGACAAGUUGGUGGCGACGAUGGCCCGCUUGGACCCCACUUACAUUGCGUUGAAGGAACAGCUUGCUAGUGCUCCCGCCGAACAACAAGCGGAAAUUGCCGCUAAGUUGGCCGCUAGAGAAAAGGCGUUGUUGCCCAUCUACGCCCAGAUCUCGGUGCAAUUCGCCGACUUGCACGACCGCUCGGGGAGAAUGUUGGCCAAGGGGGUCAUCCGCAAGGAGUUGGAGUGGAGAGACGCCCGGCGCUUCUUCUUCUGGCGUUUGCGUCGCCGGUUGAACGAAGAGUACGUUCUCAAGAUGAUUGGCGACGUCAUCGACGCCACCCGCUUGGAAAAGGUCGCCUAUCUCAAGUCGUGGAUGGCGCUGGUCGACUACGACAACGACGAGGAAGUGUGCACGUGGAUCGAACAGAACCACGCCAAGUUGCAAAAGCGCAUCGGCGAGUUGAAGCACGAAGCCCACCGCAAGCAAAUCAAGAAGUUGGUGGCCGAGGACGGCGACGCCGCCGCCUUGGUGCGUGAAUUGUUGGAAAAGAUGCCCCAAGACCAACGCGAUAAGGUGUUGCAAGGGUUGAACUAA